GGAUGAAUGUAGUCAACUGUCAGUCAGCUCAAUUUCAGUCCGCCCCAUAUCGUUCGUACGCCCGUAGAUUCUGGAUCCGGGUCGGGUCGGAUCGAGUCGGCGCCGGAAGUGUAAUUUCCACGGCGGCCUCUCAACGGAAUCGAUCGCCGGAAAUUCGCAAUUCGCAAUUCGAGGAGCAGGAGAUAAGUUAGGGCACUCACUGAGUUUAAUUGCACGGAAGAAGAAGAGAAGAGAGAGCAGAGUGGCGUAAGAUAGACCGGUGGUGGGGGGAGAAUCUUCGAAUCAUACCCUCUUCGCGUGCUUCAUACGGUCUAUUUAACGCUUAUCUGCUUUCUCCACUCUCUCUUUCUCUACCUCUCUCUACCUCUCGCCUACCCCCCUUUCAGUUAAUUAAUUCAGGGUUUCUCUCUGUGUGUGUGUGUUUUUUUUUUAGCUGUAAAAGCUUCUGUGUGCUUCGGUACUUUUCGGUUCAGUUAUUUAAUUUAUUUAUCUUCAUACUGUUUGGUGUGGAUUGGAUUUGAAAGCAGAAGAUUGUUUGUCCUCGUUUUUUUAGAAGUAAAAUGUUUAUUGCCUAGGGUUUAUGCCUCUGUUUUAAUUUAGUAAUAAUUUAUAUUCGAGAAUGGAUUGUGAAAAGAAACUGGAUAAAGGGGAGGCUGGGAAUUCAGUUGAUGCCUGUGCUCUUGCUGCUGACGGCAGGCCGUCGUACUGGCUGGAUGCAUGCGAGGACAUUUCAUGCGAUGAUUACUUUGUCGAUUUCGGAACUGCCACCGCAGCUUCAGUUCCUGUACUGGAGCCGCUCUCUAAUGGUGGCUGCCUUGACCCGUGUUUCUUUGGCGGGAUUGAUCAGAUUCUCGACAGUAUAAAGAGUGUUGACGAUGAUUUACUUGCUCAUAAUACCAUCCAGGAUCAACAAUCAGUGUCUAAGGAUGAAAUUGUUAAUUGCAACGGGAAAAGGCCGUCUGUUUGCGGUAAUGGAUUCAAGAAUGACGGAACCGAGACUGACAGAAGGUCUCGUGAAUUUAACAACACUGAGCAAAGGCACGACAGAAGAGUUCCUUGUAGGGAUCCAAAGAAGGAAAGGAGGGUUCUGGACAGGGUGCCGGGAAGGAAGAGACACCGUGGUUGGGAUGAUGUGGAGACCGAUGGGCAUGUAAGAGGCCAAGUGAGGAAAAGAGAACGGUGUAGUACAGGUAGUUGCAAGGACAGGGAUUAUAGGGAAGCAAGAGGUUACUGGGAGCGGGAGAAAGAAACAAGUGAGUUGGUUUAUCGAAUGGGUUCUUGGGAAUCUUCUCGUGAUAGAGAUGAGAAGGCGAACGCUCAGAAAAGCAACAAAUAUACUACAGACGAGAAGAAAUCGGACCAGCCGAAAGAGAAACUUCCCGAGGAGCAAGCUCGUCAGUACCAGUUGGACGUUCUUGAGCAGGCAAAGAAGAGAAACACUAUUGCUUUUCUUGAAACAGGGGCUGGAAAAACACUAAUCGCUGUCCUUCUCAUGAAAAGUGUCAGCACUGAAUUGCAAAAACAAAAUAAGAAAAUGUUGGCUGUCUUUUUGGUGCCGAAAGUUCCUCUUGUUUAUCAGCAAGCUGAAGUUAUCCGUGAGCGCACAGGUUAUCAAGUUGGCCAUUACUGUGGUGAAAUGGGUCAGGAUUUUUGGGAUGCACGGAGGUGGCAGCGUGAGUUUGAUAGCAAGCAGGUUUUAGUGAUGACGGCUCAAAUUCUUUUGAACAUACUUAGACACAGUAUAGUAAAAAUGGAAGCGAUUAAUCUCCUUAUUUUGGAUGAGUGCCAUCAUGCUGUGAAGAAACAUCCUUAUUCUUUAGUGAUGUCGGAGUUCUACCACACAACACAAAAGGAGAAGAGGCCAUCAGUUUUUGGGAUGACUGCAUCUCCUGUGAACUUGAAGGGUGUUUCUAGCCAAGUUGAUUGUGCAGUAAAGAUACGCAACCUGGAAAGUAAACUGGACUCCGUAGUUUGUACUAUUAAGGACCGUGAGGAGCUGGAGAAACAUGUACCAAUGCCUUCAGAAGUGGUUGUGGAGUAUGACAAAGCUUCCAGUUUGUGGUCCCUCCAUGAGAAAAUAAAACAAAUGGAACAUACUGUUGAAGAAGCUGCUCGGUCAAGCUCCAGAAGAAGUAAGUGGCAAUUUAUGGGAGCCAGAGAUGCUGGAGCGAAGGAAGAGCUACGCCAAGUUUACGGUGUGUCUGAACGGACCGAAAAUGAUGGUGCUGCUAAUUUAAUCCAAAAAUUAAGGGCCAUCAACUAUGCACUGGGUGAACUAGGACAGUGGUGUGCUUACAAGGUUGCCCAGGGAUUUUUAACUGCUUUGCAGAAUGAUGAAAGGGCAAACUAUCAACUUGAUGUCAAGUUCCAAGAAUCAUACCUACACCAAGUUGUCUCUCUUUUGCAAUGCCAUCUGUCUGAAGGAGCCAUUUUGGAGAAUAAUGUUGAAGGCACUGAGAUGGACAACAGUGCUGCAGAUGGGGAUGGGCCUGACGACCUAGAGGAGGGGGAACUUACUAACAGUCAUGUUGUCUCUGGUGGAGAGCAUGUUGAUGUGAUUACUGGAGCUGCUGUCGCCGAUGGAAAAGUGACUCCAAAAGUGCAGUCACUGAUCAAAGUACUUCUGAGAUAUAAGCACACGGCGGAUUUUCGUGCCAUAAUCUUUGUUGAACGUGUUGUCUCUGCUUUGGUUCUUCCUAAGGUUUUUGCAGAGCUUCCAUCAUUAGAUUUUGUCGAAUCUGCUAGUUUGAUUGGGCACAACAAUAGUCAAGAAAUGCGAACCAGUCAAAUGCAAGAUACAAUUGCCCGAUUCCGAGAUGGUCGCGUCUCUGUUUUAGUUGCCACUAGUGUGGCUGAGGAGGGACUUGAUAUUCGGCAAUGUAAUGUUGUUAUUCGCUUUGAUCUUGCCAAAACGGUAUUGGCAUAUAUUCAGUCUAGAGGCCGUGCCAGAAAACCCGGAUCAGAUUACAUCUUGAUGGUUGAGAGAGGAAAUUUGUCCCAUGUAGCAUUUUUAAAGAAUGCUAGGAAUAGCGAAGAGACCUUGCGGAAAGAAGCUAUUGAGAGGACUGAUAUUAGUCAUCUCAAGGAGACCUGCAGCUUAAAUUCUGGGCAGCCACUAGCUAGUACCGUUUACCAGGUGGAGUCUACUGGUGCUGUUGUGAGCUUAAAUUCGGCAGUCGGACUUGUCCACUUUUACUGCUCACAGUUGCCCAGUGACAGGUACUCAAUUCUUCAUCCAGAGUUCAUCAUGGUGCCUCAUGAGAAGCCUGGAAGCGCUACCGAGUAUUCGUGCAAGCUUCAACUUCCGUGUAAUGCACCAUUUGAGAAACUGGAGGGACCUACAUGCAAAUCGAUGCGCCUUGCUCAACAGGCUGUUUGUUUGGCUGCUUGCAAGAAGCUCCACGAGAUGGGAGCAUUUACUGACAUGUUAUUGCCAGACAAGGGAACAGGGGAAGAAGCUGAGAAAGUUGAACAAAAUGAUGAUGGAGAUCCUCUCCCUGGAACUGCUAGGCAUAGAGAAUUUUACCCUGAAGGAGUAGCUGACGUUCUUCAGGGAGAAUGGGUGUUAUCUGGGAAUGGCUGUGACGAUUCCAAGUUGUUUCACCUUCACAUGUAUUCUAUCAAAUGCGAAAAUAUUGGCUUCUCCAAAGAUCCCCUCUUAGUUAACGUCUCAGACUUUGCAAUAUUGUUUGGCAGUGAAUUGGAUGCAGAGGUACUGUCAAUGUCAGUGGAUUUAUUUAUUGCUCGGUCUGUGAUAACGAAAGCAUCACUCGCCUAUAAAGGGUCAAUAGAAAUUAGAGAAACUCAGUUGUCUUUGCUUAAGAGCUUCCACGUUCGAUUGAUGAGCAUUGUAUUGGAUGUGGAUGUUGAGCCAUCUAACACACCUUGGGACACUGCAAAAGCAUACUUAUUUGUUCCUCUUGUCGGAGGUAAAUCGGCAGAUUCGUCGAAUGAUAUUGACUGGGCUGUAGUUGAAAAUGUUACAAAGACAGAUGCAUGGAACAAUCCCCUCCAGAAAGCUAGGCCGGAUGUUUACCUUGGCACUAAUGAGCGGACUUUAGGUGGAGACCGGAGAGAAUAUGGAUUUGGCAAAUUACGACACGGCAUGGCCUUUGAACAGAAAUUCCACCCUACCUAUGGGAUUAGAGGAGCUGUUGCCCAGUUUGACGUGGUAAAAGCAUCUGGGUUAGUACGUACACGAGAUGCUAGUGAAGUGCCCCGUCCAGUUGAUUUAGCAAAAGGCAAAUUGAUGAUGGCUGAUUCCUGUAUUCAAGCAGAAGAUCUGGCAGGCAAAAUUAUUACUGCAGCUCAUUCUGGAAAGAGGUUCUAUGUAGAUUCCGUGCGCUUUGAGAUGACUGCAGAGAACUCAUUCCCCAGGAAAGAAGGCUACCUUGGUCCUUUGGAGUACAGUUCUUAUGCCGAUUAUUAUAAACAAAAGUAUGGUGUAGAUUUGAUGUAUAAGCAGCAACCUCUGAUAAGAGCCCGUGGUGUUUCGUACUGCAAGAAUGUUUUGUCUCCACGCUUUGAACACUCAGAAGGUCAUAAUGGUGAAUCUGAUGAUACACAUGAGAAAAUAUAUUAUGUUUUUCUCCCUCCCGAACUCUGUUUUGUGCAUCCACUUCCUGGAUCACUAGUUAGGGGAGCUCAAAGAUUGCCAUCAAUUAUGAGAAGGAUUGAAAGUAUGCUCCUCGCUGUACAGCUUAAGGAAAUCAUUAAUUACCCCGUUCCUGCUUCAAAGAUCUUAGAAGCCUUAACUGCAGCGUCGUGUCAAGAGACUUUCUGUUAUGAAAGAGCAGAGCUCUUAGGUGAUGCUUAUCUGAAAUGGGUUGUUAGCAGAUUUCUUUUCCUAAAAUACCCUCAGAAACAUGAAGGUCAGCUUACUAGGAUGAGGCAGCAGAUGGUAAGCAACGUUGUACUGUAUCAGUUUGCACUGGACAAGGGGCUUCAGUCGUACAUCCAGGCAGAUCGAUUUGCAUCAUCUAGAUGGGCUGCACCUGGGGUUCUUCCUGUCUUUGAUGAGGACACUAAGGAAGAAGAACCGUCAUUGUUUGAUGCCGAAGUAGAUUCUGAUGAGAGUUUAAGAAAAAAAGUGAACAAUGGUGACGAAUACGAAGAUUACGAAAUGGAGGAUGGGGAACUCGAGGGUGACUCGAGUUCGUACCGAGUGCUAUCCGGCAAAACACUGGCAGAUGUUGUGGAAGCGUUGAUUGGUGUGUAUUACGUCGAAGGUGGAAAGACUGCUGCAAACCACCUUAUGAAAUGGAUUGGAAUCGAUAUAGAAUUCGAUUUGAAGGAGAUAAAUUAUUCGAUUAGGCCGAGUUCUGUUCCAGACAGUGUACUAAGAACUAUUGAUUUUGACGCAUUAGAAGGUUGCUUGAAUGUCAAGUUCAACGACAAGGGGUUGUUGGUUGAAGCUAUAACUCAUGCAUCACGUCCAUCUUCUGGUGUUUCAUGUUAUCAAAGGCUAGAAUUCGUCGGUGAUGCGGUGCUGGAUCAUCUCAUCACAAAGCACCUGUUCUUCACGUACACAGAUUUGCCUCCAGGGCGUCUGACCGACUUGCGAGCUGCUGCUGUGAAUAAUGAGAAUUUCGCACGCGUUUCUGUUAAGCAUAACCUUCAUACACAUCUUCGUCAUGGCUCAAGUGCACUUGAGAAACAGAUUCGAGAUUUCGUGAAAGAGGUUGAGAGUGAACUUUUGAAACCCGGGUUUAACUCUUUUGGUUUAGGGGAUUGCAAAGCUCCUAAAGUUCUUGGAGAUAUCGUAGAAUCAAUUGCUGGGGCCAUCUUCCUUGACACUGGAUGUAAUACUGCAGUUGUGUGGAAGGUCUUUCAACCACUGUUGGACCCAAUGGUUACCCCAGAAACACUCCCAAUGCAUCCUGUUCGAGAACUACAAGAAAGAUGUCAACAACAAGCCGAAGGUCUAGAAUAUAAAGCCACGCGAAGUGGGAACUUGGCUACUGUGGAAGUAUACGUAGACGGUGUUCAAGUUGGGCUUGCUCAUAAUCCCCAAAAGAAAAUGGCACAGAAAUUGGCUGCUCGAAACGCCCUCGUUGCCUUGAAAGAGAAGGAGAUAGCUAUAUCCAAGGAGAACGCUGAGAAAAAUGGGAAGGAGAAGCAGAACGGGACCCACUCUUUCACCAGACAAACCUUGAACGAUAUCUGUCUUCGUAAAAAUUGGCCAAUGCCCCUAUACAAGUGUAUACACGAGGGUGGUCCUGCGCACGCAAAGAAAUUUACGUUUGCUGUGAGAGUGAAUACUUCUGAUAGAGGAUGGACCGAUGAAUGCAUCGGUGAACCUAUGCCGAGUGUGAAGAAAGCAAAGGAUUCUGCUGCAGUACUAUUAUUGGAACUUCUGAAUAAAUGGUACGGUUCGUGAUUUUUUUUUUUUUUACUACACAAGUAAUAGUGGAUUCAAAAGUACGACGGCAAAGAGAGCUCUUUCGUAACUGACACGGAACUAGACGCAUUUCUCUCUGCUACUAAUUUCUUCUCGAGCUAGCGGUUAUUUAUUCGAACAUAUAUACAUUUUGCCCUUGUUUUUUUUCCCCUCGAUCAUUUAAGCGUAGAAAUGCGCCGGCUUAAUUUGGAUUUGGAUAAUGGUGAGGAAAGUAUAAUCAAUUAAUCAUGUGUUUCUUGGCAUUUCCCUCAAUUCCAAGACUGAGAAGUAUUUUUAUUUAUCUCAAUUUUAUUUUUAAGGCGUAAAUUGAAUCUCUAGUGGUCAUGUAAUUUCAAGUUAUAAAUUUCGAGUCACUUUAAAUAUGAAUAACCACAUUCUAUAU